AUGUAUACUUGUGUGUGUGUGUGUGUGUGUGUGUGUGUGUGUGUGUGUGUGUGUGUGUGUGUGUGUGUGUGUGUGUGUGACAAAUUCAUCAUCAUUGCAAUUAUCCUCACCGCAGCCAAAGUUUUAUCACAACCAUCGUCAUCAUCAGCAACAUCAUCACUAUCAUCAUCAUCAUCAUUACCAUCAUCACCAUCAUCAUCGUCGUCAUCAUCAUCAUCAUCAUCGCGACAAACAGCCGCCUACGUGUUCAGAGACGCUACAAACGAAGAGCGCUUACUAGCUUACCUCUUCCAAGACUACGAGCCGAUAGCUAGAGCGGUAGUCGACAACGAAAAAGCUGUUGUAGUUGAUGUUAGCUUCGUUCUACUAAGAAUACAUGGAUUGGUUAGUGUUGUUGUUGUUGUUGUUGCUAUAGUUUUUUUUAAUGUUGAAUGGACUGACGAACGUUUGACGUGGAAACCGGAAAAGUUCGGAGGUGUCCAGGACAUCAUCCUCAAAUCCGAGAUGAUAUGGUUGCCAGAACUUGCCGUGAUGAACGGAGCUGAAGAGCUGAUGCCAGAUUUCGACCGGAUCCGAAUCCUGUUGAACCACACGGGGAAGUUGCACUGGGAGCCUGGCGGGAUCUUCCGGACAACGUGUGACAUCGAUAUCGCCUUCUUCCCGUUCGACGUUCAGACGUGUCCGAUUCUCAUCGGAGCAUAUUCGUACUAUUCGAAUCGCAUGAACAUCACUUCGACGCUCGAUUAUGUGGCCACUUAUGAUUUUCAAGAGAAUGGCGAAUGGCAGGUUGAGAACACCAGUGCAUCGUGGGCCAUCACUAUCCUCGAUUGCUGCCCCGGAAACGGAUAUGCUCACGUACAUUUCACCUUGACAUUGAGGAGACGAUGCAGAUUCUACCUGAUGAACAUAGUCCUGCCAUGCAUAAUGCUCUCCACGCUAAUUAUGAUCGGAUUCUUUCUGCCGCCAGAAGCAGGUGAGAAAAUUUCUCUCGGCAUCUCCGUCCUGUUGGCCUUCACAGUCUUCCUGCUCAUGAUUGCCGACAGCAUCCCUAGGACAUCACUUGCCAUUCCGCUCAUUGUGGUCUACCUGAUGACGACGAUGACGUUGGGGACGAUCUCGAUCUGCAUGACGGUCCUCGUGCUCAACGUUCACCAUCGGGACCCCAAAUCCACCAAGCUUCAUCCCCUCAUCAAAUCCAUAUUCCUCAUCCACGUUGCCAACUUAAUCGGCGUUGAAACG